GUGCGCUUGCUGCACGGUGCUGCCCUCGCGCGUCGCGCGCGGUCGCUGCUGGAACUUCCCCGGGGUGGAGGGGGAAGCCGUCGCGGCGCUGCUCCCGUGUGUCGUGGCGUGGCCAUGAGCGAGUAGUCGGUGCUGGAGAGGGAGAGGGUGCGGCUGUGUGCAGCUCAGUCAGUCAGUCGCUGGUCGUUCGCCGCGGAGUGAAGACGUGCAGUCAGUCCGUAGUCAGUGCUCUGAGCCGGACCCUGUGAGUCAGUAGAGUCAGUGCUGUGCAAGUGCCCCCUUUGGAUUUGCACCGGCGUCGCUUGUGCCUUAGACCGUCAACCAGGACUGGUCUUGUGUUGUGACUUGGUGAUCGAAGCUCGACUUCUGUGUGUGAGACUCUGCGCCAUACGCAUCAGUGCUUCUCGACUCGUAUUCAGCGCUUCACACCAUUCCGCCAUGGCCAUCCCAUUUCAACUGCCGCGCGAAGGUGGUGAGGACCUCCAGGACCUGGACCGCCUUCUGAGCGAUCUGUUUGCCGUCCUCGCCAGGAUCCUGGCGCAGCGCGGCCAGGCCGAGCCGGGCGGUCGUCUUACCAUCCGCCGACCUCAGCUCCGCCUGCAGGUCACCGACGAAGAGGUGGACUUCGAGCUGACGUCCGAGGACUCUGCCUCCGAUAGCUCGGCACCGCCGUCGCCCACCUCGCCGACGGCGCCAAUGGCCAUCCCGGACUUGGUUUCCGGUCUGCCCGCGGCCCCUGCGGCCCCCGAGCAAGUCACCGCCGUCGCCCCGCCACCGGCCCGCUCCCGCACCCGAAAGCCCCGCUCCACCCCAAGGAAGGCGCGUAGUGGUCACCGGGGCAAGAGAGCAGAGCUGACCAGGACGCCGUCGACGCGCGCGCACACGGCUUGCUGAGUGUACAUAGCGUAUUGCUUGAGAGUUUUAUUAUUAUUUUAUUAAUAUAUAGCUUAGUUUAGUGUUCUGGCGCCCUGCUGCCCUCUUCGCUCGCCAUAUUUAUUUUUUAAAUUAAGUGUUGCGUGGCCAAAAACUUACUAGUACAUUAUUUUUGGAUCUCCUUUGAUAAUUAUAUGAAAUUGUCUCUUUUGAUUAUCGAUUUAACGAAACCAAAGUAUAUUUUAAUAUUAAAUUUAUUUCGUCUUUUGAUAAAAAAUUCUUACGUGCGUUGCGUGACGCCGGCAGGGCGCCACCCAUAUGAAGCCGCCAUCUGGCUGUGGUGCUGUGAUAUGCAUAUGGGAGGGGCCGGCCGCGGGCCUUCCCGCCGCCCGCCUCGCCCUGUCCACCAGGACGCAAAGCCAGCAAGCUGUGAUGUUAAGUUUUGAGCCGACGAGAGACUCCUUUGAUCUCACUCCAUAGUCAGCCGCUCUCCCGAUGAUCUCCGGUCGUGAAGUCAUGAAGCCAUCAGGUUGGCUGUGAUAAGCCCCUCACCUCUCUCACUACACGGCGUCUUCAUAUAAACUGUCAUUCAGUGUUUUGUUUUUCCUUUAUUUUCCUUGGUUUUGCAUUUUGUCAGUCCGAGGGUCUUUCUCUCUGAAGGUCCCAAGACGCCUUCAUCAAAGCUGUAAAUGUGAUCUCAGAUGUUUUUGAUUAGUUUUAAGUAUUGUAAAUAUUAUGUACAUUUUGUAUCUUUUUGAUCUUAAGAUAAAUGAACGAUCGUAAUAGCUACAAUGCAACACAAAUCAUCUUAUAUUUCAUGCCGUGGUUAUUGUUGCUAAGUGUCCAAACUUUGUGUUGAACAUGAAGACUGGAAAUGUAUUUUGGUGUUAUUUUACUCGAUUACAAGCAGAAAAGCCCUCAAUGUACCGUACUUUAAUGAUUUUCUCAAGAUUUUUUCUCUUGUAAUCAGCUCACUAAUUAAACAUUAUUUCCUGUGAACUCUUUCAUGUAUGCCAUAUAUUUAUUUUGACACUAAAUUGAGAUCUCAAUAUCUCCACUGCCGCUAACAUAAUUUUAAUGUAUUAGAAUCAACUUAAGUUUUUAUCCUGAGUUAUAUUUUAAGUAUACUAUCUCAUUUUUGUUCUUUUUAGUCAGUCAUUUAAGGCAACGAUAUUUUGUGGCCUAACGUUUUAUAUAGAGUCAGUGUGUGUUUGUAUUGUACUAUAAACGUCGCAUUUUACCCACUAUGUCUUUCAUUUUGUACAAAGAUUCACUGUUUGUAUGCAUGAAAUUGAAAACUCAAUUGGUUUUAAUAAAACUUGAUAAAUAUA